UUCCCGGGCACAGAACCUGCAGCCCGGGCUGAGCCGGUGCUGCUCCCCAGCGGGGUGUGUGCGGGGAGAGCCCUUCCCUAGCGCUCCUCGGUGCCCAGCCGGGGGGACUCUCUCCGGGGGCUGGAACCAGCCCCUGGGGCAGCCCCGGGCUCUGCCGACAGCAGCCCCUGAGCCGGAGCCUGCAGGGGCUGGUGGUUGGCAAGGAGGUGGCUGUGUAUUCCACCAUGGAGCCGUGUGUCCUGCUGGAUCCUCACCAAAAAGCCCUGUACAGGGACGUCAUGCAAGAAAGCUACAACACCCUAAUGUCACUGGAAUUCCCCUUCCUGAAAACAGAGGUGAUCUCCCGACUGGAACGGCGUCGCAGAGGCUUCAAGGAGAGGGAGAUCCUAGCAGCAUCUGGUACAGGUGAUAGGACAGUGAGUGAGACCGAGGAGGAGAAUCCCCUGAAGGAAGGCCCUGAGCCAGCGGAACCACAGGAGAAGCUGCCGGGAGGAUUUUCAGGAGCUAUUUUCCAAGGGCCUGCUGGGGUGAGGCUGGGAGGGGCAAGGAGGAGACAGGGCAAACCUGCCCCUCAGGGGCCCGGCCCCAAGAAACUGCAGGAUAUCAUGGCUCACCAGCGGAUGCCCCAGGGCCAGAAGCCCUACCGGUGCCAGGACUGUGGCAAGAGUUUCAUCUGGAGCUCCCACCUGGAGCGGCAUCUGCGUAUCCACACGGGCGAGCGCCCCUAUGCCUGCCCUGAGUGCGAUGAGCGCUUUACCCAGAGCUCCCACCUCCAGCAGCACCAGUUGGCUCACGGCAGCGAGUGCCCCUACAAGUGCGGCAAUUGUGGCAAGCGCUUCGGCAACCCCCCCAGCCUGUCGGCCCACCAGCGUGGCCACCUGGAGGACAAACCCUACUGCUGCGCCCAGUGCAGCAAAGGCCUCACCUGGAGCUCCCACCUGGAGCAUCACCGGCGCAUCCACACCGGCGAGCGGCCCUACUGGUGCAGGGAGUGUGGGGAGGCCUUCGCCCAGAGUGCUCACCUCACCAAGCACUGCCGGACCCACACUGGGGAGCGCCCCUUCCGCUGCCCUCACUGUGGGAAGGGCUUCGGGGACAGCUCUGACCUCACGCAACACAAACGGACUCACGCAGCUGGGAGCAUCAGGCAGCGCCAGUAACCUCACAAGCAGAACCCGGCCAAGCCCAGGAAAGCUCAGCAGGAGGGGAAACAUGGCCACUGCAGCCAGGGUGCUGGGGAGAGCUCGGGGCCACCACAAUGGCAGCAGGGUCCCCAGUGCCAGGACUGCAGGCUGGGGUCCAAGCCCCGGAGAGCCCACCAGGAGGAGGCAUGUGGCUGCUUCAGGGAGAGCUCGGAGCUGCUUCAGGGUUCAGAGGCCCUAGGACCCCAGCCUGAGCGGGAAGGUCUUUGCCUGGAGCUCCCACCUGGAGCGGCACUGGCGUGUCCACACCGGUGAGCGGCCCUAUGCCUGCCCCGAGUGU